GUGGUGACGUUGCUGCCUCAGAGGAAGCUCAGAGGAAACGUAGAGUGGAAAUCAGAGUAAGAGGAAGCGCGGGCCAACUCUCCAAAUGGACAACAACACGGACAACGUUUGUAUCGACAGUUUAAUCCUGAAGCUGCACGAUGUGAACGCAGUGAAAUUUGGAGAAUACAAAUUGAAGAGCGGCAUGCUGACACCCAUUUAUAUCGACCUGAGAGUGCUCGUGUCCUACCCCGCGCUCAUGAACCAGGUGUCAAGCCUCAUCUAUCAGAGAGUUCAAGACGAGGGGCUACAGUUCGACUCGGUGUGUGGCGUUCCAUACACAGCCCUGCCUUUAGCUACAAUUAUCUGCUCUAGACAUGAACUGCCCAUGCUUAUCAGGCGCAAGGAGGCCAAGGACUAUGGGACCAAGCGUAUGGUGGAGGGCCAAUGCCGUGAGGGGGACACAUGUCUGAUCAUUGAAGAUACGGUGACCAGCGGCACCAGCAUCCUGGAGACUGCUGAAGUGCUCUACAAAGAGGGACUGAAGGUGACAGAUGCCAUCGUACUGAUGGACAGAGAGCAAGGUGGGGUGGAGAUGUUGGCGUCUCAGGGAAUCAAGCUCCAUCCUAUCAUCUCCAUGUUCAAGCUGCUUAACGUGAUGCUGGCCGCUGAACGCAUCGACGCUCAAACCGCCCAGAGCGUCCGCAAGUUCAUCCUGGACAAUAACACUUUCAGCCCGAAGGAGGAGAAUGGCAAUGGCAUUCCUGCCACCAAGAAGCCAUGUUUGGAACAGAACCUGGAGCUGAGCUACGCAGACAGAGCCAAACUACCAAACAUUCAUCCCCUGGCGUCAAAGCUGCUGAAGAUCAUGGAGGAGAAGCAGUCUAACCUUUGUGUGUCUGCUGAUGUUACAAGCAGCGAGGAGCUGCUCCAGCUGGCGGACUCUCUAGGUCCGAAGAUGUGUGUGCUGAAGACUCAUGUAGACAUCCUAAAGGACUACACUAUGGCCUUCAGCCAGAAACUGCAGGCUUUGGCUGAGAAUCACAACUUCCUCAUCUUUGAAGAUCGCAAGUUUGCUGACAUUGGGAACACAGUCAAGCAUCAGUAUGAAGGUGGUUUGUACCAGAUCUCAUCUUGGUCCCACAUAGUGAAUGCUCAUGCAGUACCAGGGCCUGGUGUUGUGAAGGGUCUGGGUUCUGUAGGAAAGCCUCUGGGCCGAGGCUGCUUGCUCAUAGCACAGAUGAGCUCCCAGGGGUCUCUGGCCACUGGUGAAUACACAAACACAGUGGUGAAGAUGGCGGAGGAGCAGUCAGACUUUGUGAUUGGGUUCAUCUGUGGCUCUAAGAUCACCAAGAGGCCAGAGUUGAUCCACAUGACCCCCGGGGUGCAGAUGCAGGCUGGAGGAGAUGUUUUGGGCCAGCAGUACACCACUCCAGAGGAAGUUAUCUGCAACAAAGGCUCUGAUGUCAUCAUUGUCGGACGGGGUAUCCUGGAGGCUCCUGAUAGGCUGAAAGCCGCUGAGGCGUACAGAAAGUCGGGCUGGAAGGCUUACAUGAAGAGACUGGGUCAGAGUGGCCAAUAGGAGCAAAAAAAUCUUCAUCUUUACGUCUAAUUGAAAAUUUAAGCUACCACGCUAACGAGGACUUCUGCAGAUGAUCAGGGUUUUUUUUGUUUUUAUUUAGAUUUAGAUCUCCCAGGAACACCAGUGUGCACAUAAUUGUAUACAUAGAAAUAUAUGUAGAUAUGUGCGUCUGUACAUCACACUGCCACAUCAAAACACGGGUUCCUACACAGUUUAACAUGCAAGGGGGCAGUUGAGGGGAAUGUAACACUUAACCGGUGAACAUUUUUAUGUAUACUCUUGAUUCUGUCCUAUUAAUAAGCUGCUCAACUUGACCCGGCAUCUGAUUUGCUCUGCUCUGGUACUUCUGACAAGGUCAAGUAUUUUGGUGAAGGGUUUAGUAUUAUUUACAGGUAACCAUGGAGAGUUGCAAAUGGAGAUAAAUCCAUGAUUGUUUUCUAAGUGAGUUGCACUGUUAGUGUGCAGUAGCCUGCUAAACGCUAAAUACAAGGUGUCAUUCCCUUGACAAAGACUACAGCUUCCAGGCAAACUGAGGCUUUUCUUUGUCACAAACACACCAUUCCUGUGUCUCCUUUCUUAUGACUGCAGUAUUAAAGUUAAAAUUCAGGGCAUUUUGCAGCAUGCAAUCAAAAAUAUUUUGUAUUCAGAGUCAGCCAAUUGGGAUUUUCAGUAAUACUGUAGAGACAGACAUUUUAAUUCCUCAAAACCUUAUUUACUUGUUACAUAAACAUUUCUAGUAUACAGAACAGGUGGAUCAGUCACAGUUCAGUAGUGGAUGAAGGGUUUCUUGACUUUUUGAGGGAACACUUCACAUUAUGAACUGAAUAGGUCAACUACAAAAUGAUGGCUUUUGUUUUGCCUGAUUGCUCGAGAUGCCCUGGACCCUCUGAGCAGUGAACAGUCUACUUGAUAUGUAUUUUUCACCAGCUGCAAUAAUUUAAAUAUUAGUUUGAAUGAUUUGAUGAGUGUAGCCCCAUUAGAUUGUGAAUUACAAGAUGUGGAAGUGCUGAUUUAGGCUUGGGUUAGUCGACAUAAGUGUGUCUUGAUUACGUCCAAUGUCUACCGUCCAUACUGAUAACUUAAAAUGACAGAAACCCAUGUGAGGCAUUUCUUUUUCUAUAGAGAGAUGAAUUCUGAUAUGUGAUAUGAUGCGUCAGCUCAAACAACCAGUCUGGAAGUUGUUCUUCAUAGUUUGACUGUUGGUUAAAAAAAAAACAGUUGAUAAACAAGUUUCAGUCCUUCAGUUUGUGACCACUCCCUCACAUGUGGACAGAAGUUGCAUCUUGCAAACAGUGUGUCCUGAAGCCAUGACUGUUGUGCUUUUACUACUGCAUGCAGUGAAAUGGUUCAUUCAUGUUUGAGUCAGUGGGUUUUCUUCUUGAUUUGUUUAAUAAAUGUUUCAUCUUCUUCUC